CUCUCUCUCUCUCUCUCUUUUUCUCACUCGUUUUCUUUCUCUUUCGUCAAAUAAAAUUCUUUAUUGGCGCUUAUAUCUAACAAGGAUAUUACUGAUCUAAAGAAUCGAAGAGGAUUUCGAGUAAUUUGUCGUGUCGUGAAAAAAAGUAGCAGGGUGGUUGGUACUCACCAUAUACAUAUAUAUAUAUAUAUAUAUAUAUAUAUUUCUCUUAUUCUUCGUAACGUAAAGAAAAGGAAAGAACGAAUAAGAAGGGAAAUCAUCGUCGUUGACUAGAAUCUGGAACGAUAAUAUCAAGAUGCUGUCGGCUUGGAAAGUAUGCUGUGCGGGAGUACCGCAACGUUUGGUAUUUGCCGUGAUGGGCUUUUUUGCGAUCUUCAAUGCCUACGUCAUGAGAGUAUGCCUGUCGAUCGCCUUGACGCAAAUGGUCAUACCUAGUAAUAAAACAACAAAUGCCUCGCUCGACAAUACUUGUCCUGUUUUUCAAGAAGAUCAACCGGUAGAGCAGAAACUAUCUGGCACUUACGAUUGGAGCGUAGGACAACAGAGCAUGAUAUUGUCUUCAUUCUAUUGGGGAUACAUACUCACUCAUCUGCCAGGAGGUCUAUUGGCUGAGAGAUUCGGUGGAAAGUACUCGCUCGGUUUAGGAAUUCUUUCUACCGCAGUGACAACACUUUUAACACCGGUCGCAGUCGAAUGGGGAGGAGCCACUGCACUUACCAUUUUACGUUUCUUGAUGGGUCUCGGCGAGGGUACGACAUUUCCUGCAUUGAACUCGAUGUUAGCGCAAUGGACACCUCCGGAAGAGAGAUCGAAACUUGGCUCGUUGGUAUUCGCUGGUGCUUUACUCGGCACAGUUUUCGGUACUUCCGUUUCCGGUGUGAUUCUUCAAGAUUCACCGAUUGGUUGGGCUGCGGUUUUCUAUGUUUUUGGUGCGGUAGGUGUAUUAUGGUUCAUUAUGUGGAUCAUAUUGUGUUAUAACAAUCCGGACGAGCAUCCGUUCAUCUCCGAACGCGAAUUGAAAUAUUUGCACGACCGAAUGAGCGCUCAUACACAUAAGAAACCACCUUUGGUACCGUGGCGACACAUGUUCACGUCAGUGCCAUUUUGGGCUUUGGUAGCCGCUCAAGUUGGUCACGAUUGGGGCUUCUUCACGAUGGUCACUGAUCUCCCAACGUACAUGAACAACGUAAUGAAGUUCUCGAUCAAGAACAACGGUUAUUUGUCCUCUCUUCCGUAUCUCUGCAUGUGGAUUUCUAGUUUAAUAUCUUCCUGGUUGGCCGACAAGAUGAUCACAAGUGGAUUUAUGUCACGAACGAACGUACGAAAACUCGGGACGACGAUAGCUUCCAUUGGACCUGGUGUUUUCUUAGUUGGGGCAUCCUACGCCGAAUGUGACAGGACCAUUGUCGUCGUUAUGUUUACCAUCGGAAUGACUCUGAUGGGUACUUUCUAUCCUGGCAUGAAGGUAAACGGACUUGAUCUCAGUCCGAAUUACUCCGGCUCGCUGAUGGCUGUGGUAAAUGGAAUAGGUGCUUUAAGUGGUAUCUUUACACCUUACAUCGUAAGAGCACUUACGCCGAACGAAUUGAUGACCGAAUGGAGACUCGUAUUUUGGGUCGUGUUCGCUGUUUUCGUUGUUACCAAUUUAAUUUUCGUAUUUUACGCGAGCGGAGAGGUUCAAUAUUGGAAUGAUCCUGAAUUCGUAAGAAGAGAUAGAGAGGAAAGGCGGCGUAAACACGAUAUUGAGAAACAAGAGAAAGCAGGAAAGAUAUCGUCGUAAUCACAAAGCGAUGAGAAAAUGAUUCUUCGUCGAAAUGAUUUCACUCGUUUAAUUCUUUUUUCUUUCGUCUUUGUUAUUUUUUUUUUCUUUCCUUCUUUUUUUUCUGUUCUUUUUUUCUUUCGUCAUUUUAAUUUUAGCAAAAACAAUUGGAUCUCCUCGUGUCUUCGGUCGUGCGAUCAUACUCUUCUUCAAGUAUUCUCUUUUUCUUUGUCUCUCUUGCUCGACACGACGAACGUCAAUCGAAUCGAUCGAUUUUGGAUUUAAAUUUGAUUAGAUUUGAGUACUUACGAUUAAAACAGGACUGAUCUACAGUUCUUUUAUAUAAUCCAAAUUUCUUUUAUAAAAAUCGACUAUCUGAAGUUUUCUGUCGUAAAGAUUCAGAUUUCGAUAAUUUCUUGAUAUCGCGUAAAGAUCUUACAAAUUUCUAUUUGACAAAAUAAUUUACAUUGAUUUCAAUUGAAAAUAUUCAUUUUGAAGAAGGCAGUGUUCGAAAGAACGAUUUCGCUUGAAAA